AUGAUCGAGCAAUGUUCUAGGGUUACGGUGUAUUGCCGCUAUUUCAACGGGUCCCGCCACGAAAUUGGAGCACCGUUUGAGACGCAAAUAUUUCCGGACACGAUUGCGUACUGCUCGAGACGAUUCCGAGCCAAAUACAUGUCGCUGACAUUAACGGAAGACGAGAUUCCGCAGCCGCCGGUCAAAAUCAUUGACAGAAAGAUGGCGAAUCCGCACCACAACUUCACCGUCUGCAUGGCUCCGUUGUACGGCGAUGAGCCGAAGUGGCUGCAAAUUGCUGAAUUCAUGGAACAUUACAAACUACAGGGUGCAACGAUGGUGUAUAUUUGGGUGGGAUGGGUGGAGGACUACACCAAACGAAUCCUUGAGGAUUAUGAGAAGCGCGGAGAAGCGGAGAUAUUCUGGCUUUACGAUCAAUAUCCGAAAAAUGACUACUAUUGGCAUAAUGUUGAAAUUCAGGGAUGCUUCUUGCACACGAAACGAAUCUCGAAGUGGACUGCAGUCGUCGAUUUGGACGAGAGAUUGAUUUUGGCGGACCACACGAGGCCACUUAUCGGUUACAUGAACCAUCUCUAUCGUCCCGACAUCGCGACGCUCAUAUUCCGACAGCAAUACAUUAUAAAAACCGAAUCGUCUCCUGAAUAUUAUAUCGACGAUCGGCAAACGGAAGAAUUCAUGCCAACCCAGAGAUAUCACAAUUCUUCGAGUUUCGGGCCGCCAAUGUUCGUCACAAAAUCCAUUGUUCAAAUGGACAAGGUCGCCGUUCUCUCAAUUCACAAAGUUCUUCGGUAUUACGGCUACUACACGGACCAUCAACUGACACCGGAAGAGGGUUAUGUGAAACACUAUCGCUAUGUGAAAACCAAUAACUUCACAAAAUUCCGUCUUUCGCAAGUUGAAAAACUCGGCGAGUUUUCAGUGACGAGUUUGGAGCCGAGUUAUUCGAAGAAGCUUGUUGAUAACACUGUCAAUCGGGUCCGACAUGUCUAUAAGAAUAUUUAA